AUGCCACCGAGGCUACGACUCGAUGCCAGCAAGCGCUUGCGCCCGAGCACACCCAACGCCGCAUAUCCUUCAUGUCAAUGUCGAUACGCCUCUCUGGCUGCUGCCACCACUCCGGCUCCCUCAAUGGACUCGACCAUCCAUGCUACUUCUCCCAUCGCACGUCAUCCUCCCACUCAACCUCCGCCAUACAAGCCUGCCGAGUUUCGCAAGACACAACUUCAUCGUAUCUACACAUCCCUGAUCCGCUCAUCACCUCUCAUGCUGGUCUUCCAACACAACAACCUCAAGGCCUCGGAGUUUUCAGGAAUCAGAAGACAGUUGAACUUUGCUCUGGAGAAAGUGGAUGCUGAGCUAGGCACAGAAGCCUCGCCAUCUGUCAUUGGCAAAUACACCGAGCUGCAGAUUGUCCAGACCGGUAUCUUCGCCUCUGCCGUCAAGGUUGCCGAGUCCUUCAACCCAGAGUCCUUCUCCGAUCUUUCCAGGACGCAUCAUCCUCGGGACCCAGCUACCAACACCUCGACCACUCUCAACACAAAGCCCGCCAGCCCGCAGUACACACACAGCCUGUCAAAGUCGGCAUGGAAGACAGCAAGAAGCGCAAAGGUUCAGACUGGUCUUGAGCCCCUGUUGUCUGGUCCUCUGGUCGUUCUCACAUUCCCUCUGGUCUCACCCCAGCACUUGAAGGCUGCCAUGACCAUCCUCUCUCCUUCAGAAGCCUUCCCUGCCCCCAAGAGGAAGGCAAAUCCUGGUCUAUACGAGCCCGGCAUUCAGAGCGGUCUUCAGAAGAUGAUGCUUCUUGGUGCCCGCGUUGAGGGCAAGGUCUUCGAUCUUGACGGUACCAAAUGGGUCGGUGGCAUCUCUGGCGGUCUGGAUGGACUCAGAGCCCAGCUCGUCUACAUGCUCCAGUCCCUACCUGCCACCCUAACAAACACUCUCGAGGGUGCAGCAAAGAGCUUGUACGUCACCGUCGAGAGCAGACGUCUGGACAUGGAGCCAAAGGAAGACAAGCCCGAGGCAGAGAAGAAGGAUGAAUAG